AUGUCUGAAUGGGUCAAUGUUGGAGCACCCAAGGAUAAAUUAGUCAUGACUUUGCCAUUCUUUGGACUCUCAUGGACAUUAGUGAAUGAAAAGCAAAAUGGUGUAAAUGACCCUACAAAAGGACGUGGUAUUGCUGGCCCAUUCCUCUCAGAACCUGGUAAACUUGGAUACAACGAGAUGGCAGUGGCAUUUAAAAAUGAUUCGUCAGGGUGGGUGAUUACAACAUACGGUAAUAAUAGUUGGCAGUACGCCACAAAAGGUGACCAAUGGGUGUCAUACGAAACACCGGCUACUUGUGAAACGAAGGCUAAAUGGGUGGCCCGUAAUGGGUUCGCCGGUGUGGCCGUUAUGGCCGUCAAUAACGACGACUUCAACGCAUUGGCGUCCCCUAUGAGACACCCGUUACUAACGGCCGUUAAUAAGGGACUCCAUUCAUAA